CGUUAACAAUAUGGAUAAGAAGACCUCGCUAUGUCUGUUUUAUAUUGCUCUCUUGGUUCUUCCUGCCCCAAUCCUUGCUGAAGUUAAAGCUGAGAAAGAACGAGACAGGCGUCAAGCCAUAGCUUUACCACUGGCCUCUCUAGCGGGAACAUCAGUAGCAGCCCCUGUGUUUGCAGCCCUUCUCGCUAUUUAUGGUGCUUAUACAUUAGCAAAAUAUGGAAUACGUGUGCUCUCAGAUAAAGACAGCCACCCGUGUGGUAGAGGUUACUGCAGAAAAACAUGCCAAAAACAUGAGAGAAUUGACUGGGGUCUGACAACAGGCUGUGGUAACUAUUAUUGCUGUGUGUAG